GGGUUAUAAGUUUGGUAUCAGUACGACAGGCCCGUUAGACUUUCUGUGGGUGCAGUAAGAAAAUGGAGACUUCAUUGAGAUAUGGUGGGGACUCCAAAGCUUUAAGAAUUCACGCCAAGGAGAAGCUCCCGAUCGCCUUCAAUACCCUUUUGCAGGUUCAUGGAGAGCUAGAUACCAGAAACGGAGCACCAAGUUAUUUUUGUGCAAUGUUAAGACGCUUCUCCCAUGAUAUAUCAGCAAGUCUUGGUAUAGGAGUGCACUAUGAUAGACACGAGAAACUGCAGUUUAGCAUCCGUUGCAAAAAGGCUUUUCCAGUGACUAGUAAUGGUUUAGACAUAAAAUUCAAUGUCAAGGGAAGAUGUCAUGUAGACAAAGAAUUUAAAGAGGUUGGUAUUUAUUUUGGUUUUUAAGAAGUUUCUUACAAUGCACUUUCAUGUGGGAAUUAAGCCACUGAUAUUUGGUCUUUGCAACUCACUUACUGUUGGCCAAAAAUAAAAGACUCUCUCAGUUGAUAAAGAUGCCAUUAAGUCUUCAGACAAAUAGUGUGAGUUGUUUGUUUGGCACCGUUCUUGCUUCUCCAUCUACUUCCUGAGUCUUCCUCCCAAAUGGAAGAAUGCCAGUUAGGUUUGAUUAUGUCUACUAAGGUUUUCCUUGGAGAAAAGAUGGACUGUACCAUCAAUUAUAGUUUGUACCCUAGCUUUCCACUAACAUUUGCAACUACUAUGACAGACAAAAUCAAUAGGAGCUGCUGAAUUUUCUUGGAGCAUAUUGAAUUUCCAGAAAGACCAAGAUGUUAGACUCAAAGUUGGCUAUGAAGUAUUUGACAAGGUUCCAUACCUGCAGAUUAGGGAAAACAAUUGGACAUUCAACGCUGACAUGAAUGGGAAAUGGAAUGUGAGAUUUGAUUUGUGAAGGAACCUUUUAAUUUAAUGGACAUGUUUCAGAAGUCAGGGCCUAACAAUUUGAAUGUCAAAUGACAUCGCUUCAUGCAUAUAUUGAGUCUUAAUUACAUGGGAACUUGAAAGCUGUCGCCGCUCCAAUCUCCUCUCCCCCCCCCCCCCCCCCCCAUGGAGGGUAAAGUAAUCGAAUUUGUUGAGCUGCCAAGGGGGUGAGAUGAAGAAGGUAAAUCUACCCUCUAAGCCUUAAUAACAAGGGAACAAAUGUACCUAUCCUUUUUGUUUAGAUCCAAAGUCAAAGACGAUUUGGAGCCUCCCACCUAGACUCGUCCAGGCUUUUAAUUGCAUGAAUAUGACAUUUUGGAGACGUGUUCGGAUGGUCAUUUAUUUAGCUUUGGAUAAAUGGAGUAUUAAUGC